AAAACCCACCUUCCCUUCAAUCACUAUUAACCCUUUUUUCCCACUUCACAACUACUCUCUUUUUCUUCAACACAAAAACAUAACAUAAUAUGCUCUUCUUUACAGUCAACUCUUCUGCCUCUUAAUUUGUCCCUUUUGUCUCACCAAUCUAGUAUGUUUUACUAUUCCUCUUACAUUCUUUUUCUUUUUCUUUUGUGUGAAAAGAAAGCUUUUUUUCUUGUAGAUUCUUGAUUUUUAGGGAUAAUGAAGAACAACUACUGCAAAUUUGAACCAAAAAGUUAGCAUUUUUUUUUAAUUUUAAUUUUGAUAUUUUGCCCUUUUUUUUUUCUUCUUAAUUCACUCAAAUUUGGAGAAAAAAGAAAAGUGGGGUUUUAUUUACUUGGUGUUGUGGAAAAAAGGGGAGAAAUUGCUUGUUUUCUUUGUCUCUUCUUUCCCAUGUUUAGGAUUUCCCAAGCAUUGUUUCCUUUUUGUGAAAGAACUGGUUUUUCUUGUAAAUCUAGAAUGUCAGGGUUAAUGAAGAAUGAUUAUUGAUCAUUUGUAGCAGAAAGGAGGCAAAGAUUUGAUUUGUUUAUUCAUUCUUGAUUGUCUGAGAUUAUUAAGAGAAAAAGAGUGGGUUAAGUUAAUUGGUGUUUUGAAGAAAAGGGGUGAAAUUUUUUCUCACUUGUUGGAGUUGAGUGGAAGUGAAAGUGUGAAAAAAGAACUUGUGGGGGUGUGAGUGAUGGUGAGGAAACAUGGAUGGCAGCUACCAGCACAUACCUUUCAGGUUGUUGCUAUAACAGUAUUUUGCUUGUUAGUUGUUGCAUUUUAUGCUUUCUUCUCACCUUUCCUUGGAGGACGCUUUUGGGAGUAUGCUUCCAUCGCAGCUUAUUCACCAGCGGCAUUGCUUGUUUUUGUUCUUUAUGUUCGGAGUACCGCAAUCAAUCCUGCAGAUCCAGGCAUAAUGUCCAAAUUUGAUUCUGGAAGAAUGAACAACAACAACUCAAAGCAUGGAUUGUCUGCAAGAAAAUUUGAUGAACAUAGUAAUGAUGCACGUUCUUCUCUAUCGUCAGCUUCAAGAAGUUCCAUUGCUGCUGCUAACUCCAUCAAAAGAGGUCAACAAGAAGCAGGGAGAUUAGAUAAUGAAGUGGUUUCUUUGACUAGAAAGUCCUCUUGUUGUAAAUUUGGAGGAGUCUUUUGCUUUUUAUUUGUGCACGAGGAUUGCCACAAAAUGGAUGGAGCUGCUGAAGAGGAAGGGAUGGGUGAAGAUGCUCUAUUUUGCACAUUGUGCAAUGCUGAGGUGCGCAAGUUCAGUAAACAUUGUCGAAGCUGUGAUAAAUGUGUGGAUGGAUUUGAUCACCAUUGUCGGUGGCUGAACAACUGCGUUGGCAGGAAGAACUAUGUUACCUUUAUAUCACUGAUGGCCACCAGCUUGGUCUGGCUUGUUACUGAAGCUGGAGUUGGAAUUGCUGUUCUGGUACGAUGCUUUGUAAACAAAAAGCACAUGGAGGCUGAAAUAGUUGAUAGACUAGGGAAUGGUUUCUCACUGGCCCCAUUUGCAACUGUUGUGGCUGUAUGUACUGCUGUUUCAUUGCUGGCUUGUGUGCCCUUAGGGGAGCUUUUCUUUUUCCACAUGAUACUGAUAAGAAAGGGCAUUACAACGUACGAGUACGUAGUAGCUAUGAGGGCCAUGAGUGAGGCACCUGGAGGAGCAUCUAUAGAUGAAGAACAGCCUAACAUUGUAUACUCUCCAUCCGGAUCAGCUACGACUGGCUUCAGUGGUGGAAGUUCUUUGGGACUGCAAUAUAAGGGAGCAUGGUGCACCCCUCCUAGGGUGUUUGUUGAUUAUCAGGAAGAAGUUGCACCUCAGUUAGAGCCUGGAAUGAUCCCAUCAACAGUUGAUCCAGAUGCAGCUGGGUUUGUUGAAAAGGGAAACAAGGGACCGAAGCGGCCUGUUAAGAUCAGUGCAUGGAAACUUGCAAAAUUGGAUUCCAGUGAAGCAAUGAGAGCUGCAGCAAAAGCUAGAGCAUCCUCAUCUGUUCUACGUCCUGUUGAUAACCGUCGUUUUGAUCCUGAUCAAUUAAGUUCCAGUGAGAAUAUGAGUGUCAGAAGCAGUAUCAGUGCUGAUACCACCGGAGGAAAUAGGGACAUGAGAAAUGAAUUGAGGAAUUCAGUUGCUCCUAGUCAAGGUAGCCGAGAUGAGUAUGAAACUGGAACUCACAGCGUCAGUAGCUUCAGCAGUCCUAGCCAUGUGCACGAGUCAGUCACACUAAGCCCUCUCCCACAAGUUCACAAUUUAGGUCAUCUCAGUGCCGGCAUUGUCCCAGAGAGGGUCCGAACUACUCGGCCUGCACCCCCUAAUAAUAACCACCACCUCGCACAUUCUUCAGAAUUUGAUGAGAAAAUCAUGCAGAGGAAUAGUACCACCGAUCCGUUAUUGCUUGCAGCUGCUGCCCCUGCAGCUUCUCUGCUGAGAGACGUUAAACGAACAUCUGUUGUUUGGGACCAAGAAGCUGGAAGGUAUGUAUCUGUUCCAGUAUCAGCUUCAGAUGCUCGGACGAGGCCACCGCCUAUGCAAGGAGGAUCAUCAAACCCAAAUGCUGUUUCUGCUAGCAAUGACAAGAGGCCAGCAGCCCCUGUCCCUCGAGAACCUUCACAGCCUUCCGCAAAGCCUCCAGUCGAGCAGUCAGAAAAGCUAACAUAUACUGGAGAGUCCAUAUUCUUUGGCGGUCCACUUUUGCGCGGUCCAAUUAAGGAUGGACUGAGAAAUGAGAGAGGCGCUGGUUCCAGAGAUAACCAAGAGAGGCUGCCAUUUAAUUUGCCUCGUGAAUCCAGGUUUAGAAGGGAUGCUGCGUCACAUCAACUUCCUGUGUUUGUUCCUGGUGACCUUGAGUCAAAUAAAUAAAGCUUACAGGACUACUGAUGAAUUUCCAUUUUUCAUUUGCCUCUGCAUAGCUAAGGCUUCAACAGAAGAAACCCUUCGAGCUAUAGCUGGUUUUGGCCUUCCAGGAACCUUGCAGUCCGUUGGUGUACACUCCGAGGUUCCAGUGGUUUCUUCUUGACGGAUUGUCUAACUUAACACGGAAGAAAAUGAAUGUAGUGUGGAGGAAAUGCACUCCUUGAUCCUUUGAACUUUUUAUCUGUACAAUUGAAGCUUGAGCGGUAGGGUGGGUUUGUCUAGCAAUUUUGCAAUGAGAAUCGCCAGACUAUUCCUGCUUGA